CACGCGCACGAGCUUAUUUCACCGUCAGCGAUCACGGAGGCGUCGUCACACGCACGAGCGCUGUCCGUUUGAAUCACUGGGUUUACAGCCGCGUAUCCUUCGCACCGCUAGAAGUCGGAUGAUUUGCAUUUGAAAACGUAUUUAACCAAAUACUAAACAGAAUCUGGAUUUAACGCACUGAACCUUUAUAUGGACUGCGCUCUUUGCAGCAUUUUGCGUGUUUCCCAACAGUAUUUUCCCCGUAGAUAGUAGUCAGAUUUCAGAAUAAGGCGAAAUGGCAACCGACGAGCUGUCAUCGAAGCUGAACCGCAGACUGCAGAUCGAGGAGGGCGAGCACGACCCGGUGGCCCUGGACGGGGCUCACGAGAACGGAGCGCACGAGAAAGCGGCCACGACCAGCGCGGAUUCAGAGCUGGGAGCCAAGCUGCAGCGGCGCGGCGAGCUGAACGAGGGCGUCGGCGAACACCUGCAGCCCAGCAUGAAGGUGUUCAACCCCUACACCGAGUUCAAGGAGUUCUCGAGGAAGCAGAUCAAAGACAUGGAGAAGAUGUUCAAACAGUAUGAUUCAGAGAAAGAUAACUUCAUCGAUCUGAUGGAGCUGAAGCUGAUGAUGGAGAAACUCGGUGCACCUCAGACUCACCUGGGCCUGAAGAACAUGAUCAAAGAAGUAGAUGAGGACUUGGAUGGCAAACUCAGCUUUAGAGAGUUUCUUCUUAUCUUCAGAAAAGCAGCAGCAGGAGAGCUGGCGGAGGACAGCGGGCUUCAUGUCCUGGCACGUUUAUCAGAGAUUGACGUGUCAACUGAGGGAGUGAAGGGAGCCAAAUCAUUCUUUGAGGCAAAAGUGCAGGCCAUUACUGAAACAAACCGGUUUGAGGCAGAAAUCCGUCAGGAGCAGGAAGAGAAGAAGCGUCAGGCGGAGGAGAGGAAACAAAGACAAGCCGCUUUCAAAGAGCUGAAGUCAACCUUCAAAUAGCCUCAUCCACCUCGAGAGCCUCGAUUUACUCAUAACGCUUGUCCGUCUGUCUGCCAUCAGAGUCCCCCGCAAUCAGAGAUACUAUGCAAGGCUGUGAAAUGCUCAGAGAUCCAUGCAGAUUCAUCUUCCUGAGAGAGGGACACCUGUGUAGUUCUUGCUCAUGAGCGGAUGUCGGUGUUCAAAUCGUCUGUUUAUCGUCGCCUGUUUCUCUCGCUCUCUCUCAGGCUGAUUUUAAAUGUGAAGCCAGACACUGAUCUCAAUACACUGGAUUGGAUUUAUUCUGUUUCAGUCGCACGUGUAUAUAUGUACUGUAGUUCGUUCACCCCAUCGGUUUCGUUUUAGUUUGAAUGGCAUUUUGUCUGGUUCUCGUCAACGUGUCAGUAGAUUCAAAUGUAACAUUUUAAAGGUUUUUUUAAUCAACUAGUACUCUCAGUAUGCCAUAUCCAGUCCGUUGUAUUCAUAUCAGUGGCAAUUUAAGCAGGAAAUGCUUUUCACUGUACCGUGAUUAAUUCAGCUUUCAUCGCUGACCAUUUGAACAUGAGCGGACAAACGUAAUUGUACACCAGACCUCUGCUCUCAUUCACAGAUACAUUAAAUAUUAAGAGCAUAAAAUAAACUAUAUUUUUGAGCGGAGAGAGAGAGAUGGAGAAGUGGUUUUGGGUGUAUGUGCAUGUGUGGUGAUGAUUGUAAUGGUGUUUGUUGAGUGUUUAUCAAUAUUUUCUUGCAUGGUCACUGUGGUGUCGUUUUUCCUACAUGGUUCCCUUUAGUCUAUAAGGUGUCCAGUGGUAAAUGUGGCACACGCAGGCUUACAAUUAGUCUUUAAAAUCAAGAUAUGAAAUGGCUGUAUAUUUGAAUUUUACUUACAAAAGUAAGUGAUUAGAAAUUAAUUUCUUCGGCUUGUGUGGUUGACGUCGAUGGUCAUCUGGCUGUUUAUACUCUGAACCCCUGUAUUUUGUGCUUCCUGAACAGUUAACCGUAACAUGCUUAUGGGGUUGGUCAGAUACCACAGUUGACGUGAAAUCCUUCUCCUCAGCUUUUAUAUAAAGGGAUAGUUCUCCCAAAAAUCAUUUACACAACCUUCUUCCGUGGAACACUAGGUUUUAUUUUGGAAAAAGUUUACACUGUUUUUGUCCAUAUAAUGAAAGUCAGUGAGAUCCAGAACUACAUUGAACUAUGACAUAUAUUACAGACUUUUUUUUUUGGUGUAAGAAGAGAGAAAUUCGUACAGGUUUGGAAAGACAUUUGGAUGAGUAAAUUAUUUUGGGUGAACUUUCCCUUUAAGAGUCAACUCCCUAAAUCUAAGUCUGGGUUGCUUAAUAUUAAUCAAAUUCUGACCAAAUGUACUUGCACAGCAGCCCAUGCUCUGUGAGAUAAGGUAAAAUCAAAAGUGUUCCAUGCAUAGAAUAUAGACAUUAUUUGCUAAUGAAAUGCGCAUGGCUUUUCUGUAGAGCCAGUGCAUGUAAUCCAACAUCUAAAUGACAGAAAUGCCAUGUGUCUGAUUAGGAUCUAAUAUUGAAGUAUUUAGUUUUAAACUUUACUGUGACAUCUGAAAAAUGAGGGAACAUUUCUAACGUAAUCAUCCAAAAGCGUAAUGAAUUUAACCUUAUAUGGUCAUGUGACAUGCAGUACACUGUGGCAAAGGUAAUUGAGAUGCUAUGUAUAAAGACAAAUCUAUAUUUUCAUGUGAUGAAAAUUCAAAAAUAAUUUUAGUUUUGUAUGGAAAGGGGUCUUGUGAAAAGAAACAUUCUUAUUUUCUCAAUAUGAAUUUUGUUGCCUACAAUCUUGUCUCCCUUUGGUUCUCCGUGUAUCUGAUAUUCCUUAGGUUUUUCCAUUACAAUCUAAUCAGUAAAGGCAAAAUACCGUUAGGCUUUUCUAUAAAGGAGACAAUAAUGUUGGCAGUUGCUAUGCUUCAUGUUGUUCUUUGUUUUUGUGUUCCGAGUCACUGGUAAAUGUUCUUGUUUGCUCACUUGUUCUGUGGAAAUUCAAAUAAUUGGUGUAUAAAUAUUUGUCUCCCAGUCUUUCCAGCCAUCUACUGUUCGUCUAAAAGGCAUUUGAAAUAUUGGCUGAUAAGGGGUGAAUGUAGUGGUGUAUAUGUUAAUGAGGAGUCGACGGAAGACACCAAUCAACCAGCUGUUGCAUUCUGUUAGAAGCCAUAAACCAUUCUGUCAUUUUUUUGGAGAGAUUUUAGCUGUUCCAUUGUUGUUGUGCCAAAUGAUUUCACACUGUGUUAAGCUAAUUUUAGUACAACAUUCCCUGAAAUCCAUCAGGAUGCUUCUGAUCAACAGCCCUGGCAGAGAUUUGAAUUAAUAUGAGCACAGCCGGAACUUGGAUUGAACAUAACUAAUCUACAGUGUUAAAACUUUAUAAAAAUAAUAACUCGUAAUUAAUCGGUAAAAACCCUUUUUACAGUUUUGGCUUUAUAAUUAAUGUUUGCAUAAUUGCAAUGUCUGAAUAAUUACAUUAGAGCUUUGGCAGUAUUAACUUAUGUGGAAAAAAACCUCCUUCCAAGGCAGAUAAGACACAAAUAGCACAACAUUUUUAAACCUUUUUCUUUUAUUUGAUGAUUUUUUUUUUCUGUGAAGUGUAAUGCCAGGAAGACUAAAAAAUGACAGUGUAGUUAAAUUUCACAAUUUCAUCUUAUGGCAUGUUUUUGUUUAAUUCAUCAUUCCAGCGAUUUGACAAUGGUUGAGAGGGCCUUGAAUCAUCCUGACCAUAUCUGUACCUUACUGUCACUGUCUAUGUCAGUUGAAACUGGUGGUUAAGGCAUCAUACUCUUGUAGGCUUAUACAUAUUGAUAUGUGGCUUCUAUAAUAUGCACAUUUAUUUUUGAUUUUCUUACUAAAAUGUACAAUUAUUCUUGUGACAAUAAAAAUACUUUUAAUUUGGAAA